UCCUUCUUCAUCUUCCUCGCUUCUAGGUCUUACAAUCCAACUUCAACUUAGAAGCUUUCGUUGCAAGCAAGAUUCACGCCCCUGCGAAUCCGAGCUACAGAUACGACGGCGGCGGCGGCGGAGGUUUAUAAUCUCCCAUGAUUCGCCAUUCCACAAAACGUUAGUCAUCGCAAUGUCCAGGUUUUUGUCGCUUGGGAAUAUAAGGAAAGCUGCUCACUCCGUUCGUGUAAACCCUCUGGCCUUGUACUGUGAAGGAAAGAAUUAUACUGGAUUAAGUUCUCCUCAUUAUAGAUUUUACUCUCAGUAUAUCUCCCCUAACUCUAUACAUGCAUCAUCUUCUGUACAAAGAGUCGAAAACAUCUUUUACAGGACCACUUUUGCUUGGAGGAGGCUAGCACAGAUAACCCCUAAAUAUUCAAUCAAUGUAAAUAAGAUUGCCCAAGCAGUUAGUUUGGCCCUUACCCGAUCUUAUAUGGUUGUUCCUGGCAUAUUCGCCCUCACAUGUGGUAAUAUAGCCUUAACAAAGUCCUCGGCUGAGUUAGAUCCGUUCCAUUCUAGCGAUAGCUUAUACACACAUGCUGAAAAUGGACACAUCUUCAUUGCAUCGUUAUUGUUUUCUGUUUAUGAAGGAGUUAUCUUAUUGCUUAGAGCUAUUCACUUGACAAUUUUGUUCACACCUUUCAUAGUGAUGUCUCCCUUUGCAAAUUCUUUUGGGCUUUCGUUUCGAAAAGUAUGGCUUUCGACAUUGCAUCUAACACUUGAAAGAGCUGGCCCAGCAUUCAUAAAAUGGGGUCAAUGGGCUGCUACAAGACCAGAUCUUUUCCCACAGGAUCUAUGCUCUGAAUUGUCUAAGCUUCACAUGAAGGCCCCUGAACAUAGUUUCUCUCACACAAAAAAAACAGUUGAAAAAGCUUUCGGACGUAAGCUUUCUGAUAUGUUUGACCAUUUUGAAGAGGCACCUGUAGCAUCAGGCAGCAUUGCUCAAGUUCAUCGAGCCACUUUAAGGUAUCGUUACAAGGGUCGAGAGAUGAAGCCGAUGGUGGUAGCGGUUAAAGUCAGGCAUCCUGGAGUUGGCGAAACAAUCAAACGGGACUUUGACAUAAUUAAUAUAGUAGCCAAGGGCUCAACAUUUGUUCCUACACUUAAAUGGUUAAGAUUGGACGAGAGUGUACAGCAGUUUGCUACUUUUAUGAUGUCUCAAGUUGAUCUUGCUCGUGAGGCUGCACAUUUGAGUCGAUUCAUUUACAAUUUCCGUAGUUGGAAGAAUGUCUCUUUUCCGAGGCCAGUUUAUCCGCUUGUGCAUCCGGCUGUUUUAGUUGAAUCUUUUGAACAAGGGGAAUGUGUUUCGUACUAUAUUGAUGAAGUACAAGGGCAUGACCGUCUAAAAAGUUCUCUUGCUCACAUCGGAACUCAUGCUCUUCUGAAGAUGCUUUUGGUGGACAACUUUAUCCAUGCAGAUAUGCAUCCUGGUAAUAUCCUAGUCCGUGUGCCUGAAAACAAGCCUGCGAGGAGAAGACUGUUCAAAACAAAGCCUCAUGUGAUUUUUCUUGAUGUGGGCAUGACUGCUGAACUUUCUAAGAGUGAUCGGGUGAAUUUACUUGAAUUCUUCAAGGCUGUUGCCCGUAGGGAUGGAACAACUGCAGCAGAAUCAACUCUCAAAUUAUCUAAGCAGCAGAAUUGCCCCAAUCCAGAGGCUUUCAUAAAGGAGGUGAAAGAUUCAUUUGAUUUCUGGGGAUCAAAAGAAGGUGAUAUAGUCCAUCCUGCUGAUUGUAUGCAUCAGCUACUUGAGCAAGUUAGGCGUCAUAAAGUUAAUAUUGAUGGAAAUGUCUGCACCGCCAUGGUUACCACAUUGGUCCUUGAGGGUUGGCAAAGGAAGCUUGAUCCGGACUACAAUAUUAUGCAUACAUUGCAAUCUAUCCUUCUUAAAGCUGACUGGGCAAAAUCCCUUUCCUACACAAUCGAAGGAAUCAUGGCACCAUAAUCAUCAUCAACUUCUUCUUCAAGCAAUUGCUGAGUAAUUUUGGAUACACUAACUAACUAGUAUACACAUAUGAUGAUGAUGUCUAUAGAAUAUCAUUUUCUUCCCCUAACCCCCACAAAAAAAAAUGACAACAUUCCAAUCUUUCUUGGUAUUACAAUAUUGAAUUCCAUUUUUUGCUUUCAGUUAUAUAAAGUAUGUUUUUGUUGUUGUUGUUGUUGAAUAAU